AUGAACAUGAUGAAGAAAAGAGAGAAAGAGGCAAUGUUAGGAGAACUAGAUGGCUAUGGCCAUGAUUUCUUUGGAUUGCUCCUAAAAGCCUAUCAUGAUUCGGAUAAGACCAAGAAAAUAUCAGUAGAUGACCUGAUCGAUGAGUGUAAGACUUUUUAUGUAGCUGGGCAGGAAACAACAGCAAGCUCACUUACCUGGACUGUUCUUCUUCUAGCAAUUCACACAGACUGGCAAGACAAAGCAAGGAAAGAGGUGCUUGAAUUCUUUGGCCAACAAAAUCCUAGUCAAGAUAGCAUCGCAAAACUGAAAAUUAUGAGCAUGGUAACUAAUGAAUCUCUACGACUAUAUUCUCCUGCUGCUGGCGUGUUGAGGAGAGUUGAAAGGGAAAUUAAACUGGGAAAAAUAACUGUUCCAGCUAAUAUGGAAAUCUACAUUUCAACUUUAGCACUUCAUCAAAAUCCUGAAAUAUGGGGAGAAGAUGUUCAUCGUUUUAAACCAGAGAGAUUUGCAGAGGGGGUGGUUAAAGCUACAAACAAUAACAUUGCUGCAUUCUUUCCAUUUGGUAUGGGACCUCGAACUUGUGUGGGGUUUAACUUCGCAAUUACAGAAACAAAGAUUGCACUCUCUAUGAUCCUGCAACGUUACAGGUUUACUCUCUCACCAACUUAUGCCCACUGCCCAGUUGAAGUUCUAACAAUGUGCCCACAACAUGGAGUUCAAGUCAUUCUCCAACCAUAUGAACCCAAAUUGUGA